AAUAGAAGACAUUAUGAAUCUUGUAUCAAAUGAAAGUUCGUCAAAAGUGAGGUUUAUUGAUACUGAAUAGUGAGGGUUAUAAAAAAUUUUUAAUAUCGAACUUCAGAAACUUUCAAAAAUUUUAUACUUAUUUUUUAGGGUGGGAAAGUAAGAUGACAGUAAUUCAAAAAUCGAGUAAAAUGACUUUUCUUGAAUAUUUUUACAUGGUUCGAUGGAGCUCGUUGAGCUCUACAAAACUGUAUAUAUUAAAAAAAUUUUAAACAAAGUUCCUGGGUAAAAAUACACUGAAAAUUGGUCUAAAGAAUAUAUCAAAAACCUCAUUUUUUACACUUUAUAUAUGGAAAAAAAUGGUCUUUUUUACAUUAAUAUUCUUAUGUAAGGUGUUUGAAAACAUACUCAUUCGAUACAGCGUGAAAAAUUGCAUCGAAUGAGUAGAUUUCGAAACGUCUGAGGGAGUAAAAAUAAUUUAAAAAAGCUAAUUUUAUUGAAACAUUCAGUACAUUUCUUCCAUAUAAAAAAUAUGAGUUUUUUUAACGUUUUUUUAAGACUUUUCAAAUAGUUUUUUAAAUUUUUUAUCGCAAAAAACUAGCUUAAAAAUUUUUUAAUAUAUACUGUUUUGUAGAACUCGACGAGCUCAAUCGAACUAUGUAAAAAUAUUCAAGAAAAAUCAUUUUACUCGAUUUUUAAAUUACUGUCAUCUUACUUUCCCACAACAAAAAGAAAAGCGUAAAAUUUCUGAAAGUUUCUUAAGUUCGAUAUUAAAAAACUUUUGUAAACCUCACUUUUGACGAGCUUUCAUUUGAUAUAGAAUCCAUUAUGUCUUCUAUUCGCAAUCAUAACUUUACUCACCUGGAAUAAUACUUUUACCCACCUAGUACAUUAUAUAUGUUCAUUGUUUCAUUCAAUAUCAUAUUUCUAGAAGUUCAAGAUGAUAGUAAUACAAAUAGUAAUUAUAAUAAUCAAUUAAAUACAAAUGUAUUACUAUCAAAUGAUGCACAUAGAACAAAUACUGAUACUUUAAAUACUAAUAUACAACAAAUAAAUUCAUCAUCGAGUACGACAAAUGAAUCUCAAUCAAUUAAUAGAUCAUCAAAUAAUCAUAGUAAAACAUCCUGA